AUGACAGUUGACAUGGUUGCAGAAUUAAGACAAAUCUUUGAACCAAAGAGACAAGAUUUCAUAAAAAUGAAAAGAAAAGAAAGAAUCGCCCGACGCAUAGAAGGGAUUGAAAAUGAAGCCCAGCCCAUGCUCUUGCAGAGUUGCACCGGGCUUGUGACCCAUCGCCUGCUGGAGGAAGACACACCCAGAUACAUGCGUGCCACUGACCCAUCCAGCCCCCACAUCGGCCGAUCAAAUGAAGAAGAAGAAACUUCCGAUACUUCUUUAGAAAAGCAAACUCGCACUAAAUACUGCACGGAAAACUCCGGUGACUCAUCGUAUAGUUCGGGCAUCAUGGACACCCAGAGUGUUGAGUCCAAAGCUGAAAGAAUAGCAAGAUACAAAGCAGAAAGGAGACGGCAGCUUGCAGAGAAGUACGGACUGACUCUGGAUUCUGAAGCCGACUCCGAAUAUUUAUCUCGGUACUCCAAGUCCAGGAAGGAUCCUGACGCUGUUGAGAAACGAGGGAAAAGUGAUAAACAGGAAGAGUCAAGCAAAGAUUUGAGUUCUCUGUACUCCAGGACUGAGGUCACGGGACUCCGAUCCUGCACAGCUGAAUCCAAGGACUAUGAUUUCCCAGGAAGUGAAAGUGUUUCUGACAAGGAAGUGCUGUUGAAUGUGGAAAACCAAAGACGAGUUCAAGAGUUAAGUGCCACCGGGCAGGCCCAUGACCUGUCCCCAGUGGUCGAGAGUUCUUCCCCGUCCUUCUUGUUCUCUGGACGAGACUCCUCUUUGACUGAAGUGCCAAGGUCUCCCAGUCAGGUGCUCAGGGGACCCCUCUCCUCACCUAAGCAGCCAGCCUCUCCCAGCCACUCCUCUGGUGAACCUCCUUCGCACAUUGAAGCUCGAUCCAGUACAGGGAAACUCAAACAUGAGUGGUUUCUCCAGAGAGAUUCCGAAGGGGACACACCUUCACUUAUCAACUGGCCUUCCAGAGUAAAAGUUAGAGAAAAAUUGGUGAAAGAGGAGAGUGCUCGCAGCAGCCCUGAACUUGCCUCAGAGUCCGUACUUCAGAGGAGAUCCGUGCCUUUGCCAUUGUAUUACUUUCAGUCAGAAAACUCGGCUUUCCAUAGGGUCCUGAGCAAGACAGCCGGCUCAGCCCGUCAGCCAAUCCACGGCUAUGUACAACCAGCAGAUCCUGUCCACACUGCCAGGCUGCUGACCACAGAAAACAGCUCUGAGUGCAGCUGUGUGGAACCAGCCACCCAGCAUGUAGCAACACCUUCUGCCUCGGAGGUCUUAGAAGAUGAGAAAAGGGAUAGCCCAGUUCUCCAUAUUUAUGAAUCCAAAGCAGAAGAAGAUACGUUCUUAACUGAAGCUCUCGAGAAAAGCAGGAAGACGCUUUUGACUUUGGAAGAUCCUGCCCUGGUGAUAAAACAAGAAGAAGACCUCUCUGGAGAGGAGGACUUUGGUACGCCUGCUAUUACUACCGUCACCUUAGAGCAUCAGCAGGACCAAGAACAUCUGUCACACCCACCUAAAGUUCAGCACCAGGCCACUGAGAGCCCAGACAGGAGUGAGAUGGUGUCUUACCUUCAGCAUGAGCCAGUGUCCCCAGACGCCAACCUCACAGCUCAGACAAAGGACGUUUCCACAAAGAAGCGCAAGGUUCUCACUCGCUCACUCUCUGAUUACACCGGCCCCCCUCAGCUCCAGGCCUUGAAGUACAAGGACCCUGUUUCCAAGAGAGAGGUCGAGCCACAGAAUUCCAAAACUGAAGGGCCCUAUGCGGAGGUGGGAAUGGUGGACACCAAGGUCUCUGUGGCCCAGCUCCGAAGUGCGUUUCUGGAGUCCACCAAUGUCAGCAAGAAACGCGAACUCCAUUCACGGGUUGAGAGGUCAACCGAAGGAGUUGGCUCACCCACCAGUAUGGAACGGGAAAGAGGGUCCCGGAAACCAAGACGCUAUUUUUCUCCUGGUGAGAGUAGAAAGACUUCUGAGAGAUUUAGAACUCAACCUAUAACCUCAGCAGAACGAAAGGAGUCGGAUAGAUAUACUUCACAUUCAGAAAUACCAGCUGCUGAGGAUGAAGAAAAGGUAGAUGAACGAGCCAAGCUAAGUGUUGCUGCCAAGAGACUGCUCUUCAGGGAAAUGGAAAAAUCAUUUGAUGAAAAAAACGUUCCUAAACGACGCUCAAGAAACAUGGCGGUGGAACAAAGGCUGCGUCGCCUGCAGGACAGAUCCCACACGCAGCCCAUAACCACUGAGGAGGUGGCCAUCGCAGCGACUGAACCUAUCCCUGCUUCGUGUUCUGUGGCCACCCAUCCUGUAAUGGCAAGACUUCCUAGCCCCACUCUAGCUAAGAGCACUCUGCAGGCUGCCAGAUUACAGGCAUCUGCUCACCAAAAGGCAUUAGCUAGGGACCAGGCAAAUGAGGGCAAAGAUUCUGUUGAACAAGGUGAACCUGACUCCUCCACUCUCAGCCUCGCAGAGAAGUUGGCCUUGUUUAACAAACUGGCGCAGCCUGUGUCAAAAGCUAUUUCUACCCGAAACAGAAUAGACAUAAGACAGAGGAGAAUGAAUGCUCGCUACCAAACGCAGCCCGUCACACUUGGAGAGGUGGAGCAGGUUCAAAGUGGAAAACUCAUUCCUUUCGCACCUACUGUCAACACUUCUGUGUCCACAGUGGCAUCGACCAUCAUGCCAAUGUACGCCGGGGAUCUUCGGGCAAAGCCAUCUGUUGAUGACAGUACAAAUACCACUGACUCUAAGUUCCCUUGUUCAGUAGAGCAUGCAGACCCUCCAGUAAGAGGCAUCCUAAAGUCACCAGCAUGGCAGCCUUCAGGAGAGGACAGCGGGGACAAAGGAACGUUGAGAGAAUUUGGAGAGACCGAAAGCAAGCAAGUCUUGGCCAAUAGAAACAGUUGGUCUAAAAAGUAUGAGUCCUUUGAGGAAGCAGAGCCAUCCCACCCCAUUCUUAGUAGAGUCAGAGAGGUAGACAGCCAUAAAGAUCCAAAAUAUGCUGUUCCAAGAAGAGGAAGCACAGACCUAGUGAAUGCUCCCCUGGCCCGUCUUGGUGAUGAGCUGAAGGAAUUUUCCACUGCUAAAAGCCCUGUACAGGGGAGCCAGGACUUGAAAGACAGGCAGUCCUUUGAGGAGAAGGUGGAGAUGGAGAAUGUCACAACACGCAGGCUUUCUCUAAGAGCGGAGCUUUGGGAGCCUGCUUUUGAGCAGACAGGCACAGCUGCUGGGAAACUUGUUGCUCCAACCACAAACCUGGUGUCCUGUAAGCAGCCCGACUCCACAGAACAGGAACAAGAGAAGCCCUGUAAGAAUCCAUGUGCCAUGUUUGCUGCCGGAGAGAUCAAAUCACCGAUGAUGGAGGGUCUGGCCAUCCUUGACUCCCCCAGCAAAACCAUGUCAAUUAAAGAAAGAUUGGCACUGUUGAAGAAGAGUGGAGAGGAAGACUGGAAAACCAGACUGAGCAAAAAGCAGGAGAGCCGGAAAUCGUCCGCCUCAAGUACCCUGCAGAUACACGACGCCGAGCUUAGGAGGAAGAGGGUUACGGAGAGUCGAGAGAACCAAAUGACCAUCGAGGAGAGGAAGCAGCUCAUCACUGUGAGAGAAGAAGCCUGGAAGGUAAAGGGCAAGGGUGCAGCCAACGACUCCAGCCAAUUCACCGUGGCCGGAAGGAUGGUGAAGAAAGGCUUGGCGUCGCCUACAGCCAUAACUCCAGUAGCUUCCCCAGCUAGCAAUAAAGCCAAGAGCACCACCCCAGUUUCCAAACCCCUGGAAGAUAUUGAAGCCAGACCAGACAUGCAGUUAGAAUCCGACCUGAAGUUGGACAGGCUGGAAACCUUCCUACGAAGGCUGAACAACAAAGUUGGUGGGAUGCAAGAGACUGUCCUCACUGUCACUGGUAAAUCUAUUAAAGAGGUGAUGAAGUUGGAUGAUGAUGAAACCUUUGCCAAAUUUUACCGCACCAUGGAUUACACUGCACCGAGAAGCCCCGUGGAGCUAGAUGAGGAUUUCGAUGUUAUUUUCGAUCCUUACGCACCCAAGUUGACCUCUCCUGUGGCCGAGCACAAGCGUGCGGUCAGGCCCAAGCGCCGAGUUCAGGCUUCCAAAAACCCCCUGAAGAUGCUGGCAGCGAGAGAAGAUCUUCUUCAGGAAUAUACAGAACAGAGAUUAAACGUUGCUUUCAUGGAGUCCAAGCGAAUGAAAGUAGAAAAGAUGUCCUCCAAUUCCAAUUUCUCGGAAGUUACCCUGGCGGGUUUAGCCAGUAAAGAAAACUUCAGCAACGUCAGCCUGCGGAGCGUCAACCUGACCGAGCAGAAUUCCAACAACAGUGCGGUGCCCUAUAAGAAGCUGAUGCUGCUACAGAUCAAAGGAAGAAGACAUGUACAGACAAGACUGGUUGAGCCGAGAGCUUCCUCCCUCAACAGUGGGGACUGCUUCCUUCUGUUGACUCCCCAGUAUUGCUUCCUGUGGGUAGGAGAGUUUGCAAAUGUCAUAGAAAAAGCUAAGGCCUCAGAACUUGCCACUUUAAUUCAGACGAAGAGGGAACUCGGUUGUAGAGCAACGUAUAUCCAGACUAUCGAAGAAGGAAUUAAUACACACACCCACGCAGCCAAAGACUUCUGGAAACUCUUGGGUGGUCAGACCAGUUACCAGUCUGUCGGAGAUCCCAAAGAAGAUGAACUAUACGAAACGGCCAUCAUAGAAACAAACUGUAUUUACCGUUUGACAGAGGACAAGCUUGUGCCUGAUGAUGACUUCUGGGGAAAAAUCCCCAAGUGCUCUCUUCUGCAGCCUAAGGAGGUUCUGGUGUUCGAUUUUGGCAGUGAAGUUUACGUGUGGCAUGGGAAGGAAGUCACCUUAGCACAGCGUAAGAUUGCAUUUCAGCUGGCGAAACACUUGUGGAAUGGAACCUUUGACUAUGAGAAUUGUGACAUCAAUCCAUUGGAUCCUGGAGAGUGUAAUCCUCUUAUUCCCAGAAAAGGACAAGGACGGCCUGAUUGGGCAAUCUUUGGGAGACUUACUGAACAUAAUGAAACGAUUUUGUUCAAAGAAAAGUUUCUUGAUUGGACGGAACUGAAGAGACCGAAUGAGAAGAACACUGGAGAACUUGGCCAGCAGAAGGAAGACCCAAGGGCUGAAAUCAAGCCGUACGACGUGACCCGGAUGGUGCCGCUGCCGCAGACUGCGGGCUGUGUCCUGGAUGGGGUGAACGUGGGCCGUGGCCACGGCCUGGUGGAAGGGGAUGACCGGCGGCAGUUUGAGAUCACCAUUGUCUCCGUGGAUGUCUGGCACAUUCUGGAGUUUGACUACAGCAGGCUUCCUAAGCAGAGCAUCGGGCAGUUCCACGAGGGGGACGCCUAUGUGGUCAAGUGGAAGUUCAUGGUGAGCACGGCAGUGGGAAGUCGGCAUAAGGGGGAUCAUCCGGUGAGAGUGGCUGGCAAGGAGAAGUGUGUCUACUUCUUCUGGCAAGGCCGACAGUCAACCGUGAGUGAGAAGGGGACGUCAGCGCUGAUGACUGUGGAACUGGAUGAAGAAAGGGGUGCCCAGGUCCAGGUUCUUCAGGGGAAGGAGCCCCCCUGUUUUCUGCAGUGUUUCCAGGGAGGAAUGGUGGUACACUCAGGGAGACGGGAAGAAGAAGAAGAAAAUGUGCAAAGUGAGUGGAGGCUGUACUGUGUGAGAGGAGAGGUCCCCGUAGAAGGAAAUUUGCUGGAAGUUGCAUGUCAUUGUAGUAGCCUGAGGUCCAGGACUUCCAUGGUUGUUCUCAACGUCAAUAAAGCCCUCAUUUACCUGUGGCAUGGAUGCAAAGCACAAGCCCAUACCAAGGAGGUUGGAAGAACUGCCGCGAAUAAAAUCAAGGAACAGUGUCCCCUGGAAGCAGGACUGCAUAGUAGCAGCAAAGUGACAAUCCACGAGUGUGAGGAAGGAUCGGAGCCACUGGGAUUCUGGGAUGCCUUGGGAAGGAGAGAUCGCAAAGCCUAUGACUGCAUGCUACAAGAUCCUGGAAAUUUCAACUUCACGCCCCGCCUGUUCAUCCUCAGCAGUUCAUCUGGAGAUUUCUCUGCCACAGAGUUUGCGUAUCCUGCCCGAGAUCCCUCUGUGGUCAAUUCUAUGCCCUUCCUACAGGAAGAUCUGUACAGUGCACCACAGCCAGCACUGUUUCUUGUUGACAAUCACCAUGAGGUGUACCUCUGGCAAGGCUGGUGGCCCAUUGAGAACAAGAUCACUGGGUCUGCCCGCAUUCGCUGGGCCUCAGACCGCAAGAGUGCCAUGGAGACGGUGCUCCGGUACUGCAAAGGAAAAAACAUCAAGAAACCGCCCCCCAAGUCGUACCUUAUCCACGCUGGUCUGGAGCCCCUGACGUUCACCAAUAUGUUUCCCAGCUGGGAGCACCGAGAGGACAUUGCUGAAAUCACAGAAAUGUCAGGUGCCUCCAAGGGCCUACGCGCAUGGGGUCGCGUCACGUCGUGCAAGCCGGCUGCCAGGAGAGGGCGCCCCAUGCCCGCCAAGGGAGCCGAGGACUGCGCUCAGGAAAAGAAACGCCUGUUUGUCCACAGCCGGCUGGAGCCCUCUGAAGACUGA